AUGGCUGAUCCUAGAAAAAUCGAUAGGAUCCUUCGAGAGAAGUUUCACCCCAAAAAAGAGAGUGGGAUGCUCAACACCUUCCUCUACGACGGACAGAGUGUGAUGGACCUCAUCCAUUUGGCACGCGGGCACGAGAUCAGGUCUCUCGCCCUUGAAGGAUGGAAUAAGGUUAAACCCAAGGAUUUGGGGCGCCUGAAGAAAGACCCGGACAUGACCAUGGACCUCGAGAAGUACAUGGACCGACUGACAGAUGCAAAGAACCUUCAUAAAGCACGCGUGCCGUCUGGGGUAGUCGGAUGA